AUGGUAUGUUCAAAAAAUGAAUAGAAGGAGCUUGUGGAUGUUCUAGAGACUGUGUUGGGAAGAGACGUGAAUCAAAUGGAGCAGCACGGAGGAGAGAUAUCAAAUAGGACCAACACCAGAUGGCCAUUUAAAGCAUCUUCAUCAUCAUCAUCAUCACCAACAGUAAUAUCAGUAUUAUCACCUUGAAGGACGAAAGUAUAUAUUGGACACAGCUCAUGAGUAUGCUGUUAAAAUUGCAACCCGUUUCAGUCAGAUUGGACACCGACUCAAAGUGGAUGGAAGGAAGAUCAUGACAAUAACUCCAGCCAUCAUACCACCAAACAACAACAGCAACAACAGCAACACUUGCUCGUCUCGAUCCUUGUUACCGGUAUUUUCCCAACUAUCAAACAAGCAACUCCAUAGCUCUAGUUCGCCACAAGGUAAAAUCAUAUUCAUUCAGAUAUGGUAUACUAACAUUCCCAAACCUUUAGGUCGCCGUCAAAACAUACGAAUUGAGAACCAAAUCCAAAGCCGACUUGGAAAACCAAUUAGUCGAACUCAAGAAGGAGUUGGCCAACUUGAAAGUCCAAAAAUUACAAAGACCAAGCUUACCUCGUAUCCACAUUGUUCGUAAAAACAUAGCUAGAGUCUUGACCGUCAUCAACUUGAACCAAAGAGACAAUGUCAAGGCCUUUUACGAAGGUAAAAAAUACCAGCCAAAAGACUUGAGAGCUAAAAAGACCAGAGCUUUGAGAAGAAAAUUGACCAAGCAUGAACAAAGCCAGGAAACUGACAAGGCUAGAAAAGCUAGAAUCAGCUUCCCACAAAGAAAAUUCGCUAUCAAGGCUUAA